AUGAAUUCAUCCAUUCAGGCCAAUGAGAGGUUGAGCCAGGCCAACCUGGAUGCCAUAGCGUUCCCAACCCUGCUGCAGACCGCCACACCCAGGACCGUGUCCCCAGAGGCCCAGGUUCACCCAGAGGUCAGGAGAAACCCCACAGAACAUCUACAGCAGGCCAUGGCCCAGUGCCAGAACCAGGGUCUGCAGACCAGGACCAGACAGGGCUCCUCAGACACCAGCACCUCAGAGGAGACCCUGAAACACUUCCUCAGAGAGAAAGAGGGGCCAAGCCCUGAAGCUUCAGCCAUUACACCAAAGACCAACCCACCCCCCGUCCUACCUAAAACCUCCCCACCACCACCUCCAUUUAAAACCUCUCACAGACCACACACCCUACUCUCUCUCCGCAUCUCAGAGUCCACUCUGCAGGAGACCUCGCCCCUACAAGUAGCUCCACACCUAGCCCCUCCCACAAUCUCACUACAYGACUAUGACGAGGUGUUCCUCCAGGAACCGCCCCCUCCUUCCCCUAUUCCUCCCCCGCUGCCAAUCAGGGAGACGGACAUCACAGAGGACUUCCCCCCGCCGCCUCCCCCUCUCCUGCCCCCCUCCUCACUCCCAGACAGAGAGGAGGAGGAGAAUCAUCAUGGACCUGGGCUACAGCACCUCAACAGCUGUGAGUUCCCAUCUCUCCCCUCCUCCUACCGUCAGACAGUACCCCCCUCUAUCCCCCUGUCUGUCUCUCCGAGGCCGAGCCUAACCCCUGAGACCCCCACCACCCUCAGCAGCAGUUUCCCAGAGCCCCAGCAGGGGCCUAGCGGUGAGGAAAGCCUGGGGCAAGAGUACCAUCUCUCGGCCAGGAGGGAGAGGUCUGCUGGGGAACUGAGGGUGGAGGCCCUGGCCAGACAGCUGGUGUCCCGGGGGGAUAAGACCCUGAGCCCGAUGCUGGACAGCUGGGCAGAGGGUGGACGGACCAUGGACCUGAUGGAGAGGAUCUUCCCCGCGGGGGGAGGGAGGUUGCUGUGGCAACGCCGCAGGAGCAGUCUGGAGGACAG